AUGGACAACUCUCAAUUCCGGAACCUACUCCAACCGGCCCAAAAUGCAGAUCCGUCAAUCAGCGGGGCCUCUCCGCAAGCCUUCAAGAAGCCCGCGCUUGGCUCCAGAACCCGCGCAUCGAUUCCCAUGACGCCUCGCUCCGUAGCAGGAUUUAACGCCUCUAGAGUUUUCACACAGCAAGUUGCAGAGUAUCGAAAAGAGCACGAUGGACAACCUCCUAGCAAGAAGUUCAAGUCAAGCGCACCGAAAGGCAGCAAACUCGCUUCUGGCUACCAGGACCGAACCCUGGCUCGACGUACGGAUGAUGAGGGUGUAGCGGCACCAGAUGACAAGGAAAAGCGAGUCAAAGCAUUGGAAGAGAUGUACAAGCUACAACAGAUUGAUGAAGCUACCUUUGAAAAGCUGAAGACCGAGAUUGGGAUUGGUGGCGAUCUGAGUAAUACACAUCUAGUGAAAGGUUUGGAUUGGAAACUGCUGGAAAGGGUCCGACGAGGUGAAGAUGUUCAAACCGCUCCGAAAACUGAAGAAAAGGAGUCGGCCCCAGUGAACGUAGAUGACGAGCUGGAGGAAGCGCUGCAGAAGGAGGUGAAGGCAGAGAAACAGUCCUCAAGGAAAGCACACGAUGAAACCUCUGGGCAAGUUCAAGAACCCAUGACACGAGACGAGAUCUUGCGACGCCUAAAGGAGAGCCGAAGUGGAAUAUCAGAACGCUCACAUCCAGAACCUGCACUUGGAGCACGCUUCAAGAAGGUGACCUCGGAGAAGCCAAACAAGAAAAAGUUCGUCGAAAUUGUCAAUGGACGACGCCGGGAGGUACUACUUAUCAGCAAUAAAGAUGGAACAACGAAGAGGAAGACUCGAUGGCUCGACAGGGAAGAGGAUGUCCCCAAGAGCGAUCAAAACCAUCCUCUUGGGAUGGAAGUGCCCGCUGAAUUUCGAGCGAAGCAACAAACCCUUCUGGAUCAGCAAGCGGCCGAAGACGAAGACGACGAUAUCUUUUCAGGGGUGGCCGAUUACAAUCCGCUCGCCAGCAUCAGCAGCGAGUCAGAAGAUGAAGCUGGCGACAAGGAGGCAGCAGCCAGGGCAGACGCCGCUGAGAAGACCGCUGCAUCAACGAACAACAAGCCACGAAAUUACUUUGCGACAAACAAUCAGGAAGAGGGAGCCGAGGACCGCACCAAUCCGAUUCUGAAAGAUCCCACGCUCCUUUCGGCUCUUAAGCGGGCCGCGGGUCUACGAAGAAAUGAGGAGACGGAUGGGGAUCCAGCUGUCCAGUCAGAUCCUGAUAAAGCCGCAAAACAGCAGCAGUUGCUCGCGCGACUGAGAGAACGAGAUCGGGCAGAUGCCGCAGAUCUGGACCUAGGAUUUGGUGAAAGUCGAAUCGCCGACGACGAGGAUGAUGAGGACGAAGCUGGGUGGGCCGAGGGUGGAGGACCAGCAAAGAAAAGUGGACGGAAGCGUGGUCCAAAGAAACGCAAAGGCGAUAAAGACAACAUGAGCGACGUGAUGGCAGUGCUUCAAGGGCGUGAGAAGAAGCCCUGA